AGACCCCGAAGCCAACGUCUCUUCGGCACUUGACCUCCCACGCAGAGGCCUGUCUUUCUCUCUCUCUCGCCUGCAGACUCGGUUGGAGAGGAGAGAGCGGCUCACAACAUUCACGUGUUCCUUUGGCAUUUUGGCAUCCUAUUGGCCACGGGCCUCCUUCAGGCACCGCCCUCUUCCGCGAGCGUCCAACCAAUGCCGCGCGACGAGUGAAGGUUUGAAGGGAGAGCGCGCGAGGGGCUCCGAGGCGCGGCAGUUGGGCGCGGAGCUUUCCUUCCCUUUGGUGGCUGGAGGCGCCCAGUCAUGGAGGUUUCUCCCCCGGAGGAGCGGCUGGAGACGCUCAAGUACAGCGAGCUGCAGUCCCUGGCCAAGGCUCUGGGGCUGAGGGCCAAUCUCAAGGCAGAGAAAUUGUUAAAUGCGUUGAAGCAACAUUUUCAUGAAGAAGUACAGGAAAAUGGAAGUAUGGUCAGCAAUGAGACCUUUUCUGCUUCAGAUGUUGAGGAAAGUGACAGCAAUCAAAUGCCUACCAACCUGUCCAUGGUUACCAAAAGGCGUAGAAAAUCAAAUUGUCAUAAGAUUCCGGAAGAUCAGAAGGAAAAUGAACCAUUGCAAAAUGCCGGAUCUGGAAAAACACUGGAAAUUUACCAAGAUGAAUAUCUGACCAACAGCAAAACGACAGGAAACUUGGUAGCAGAGUCUGUUACUCCAGGACAAAAACCAAUUGAAAGUGAUACUCCUGUGAACUCUCUUUCUGGAAAGAAACCUUACAAAGGCAACUUGCCAAAAUCUGGGAGAAGAGGAGCACUUACCACUCCAAAUUUUAAAAGAAUUCACGAAGCUCAGUUUAAGAAAAUGCAAUCUAUUGAUGAUUACGUUGAAAGGAAAAAUAAAAUGACUUGCAACAUCAGCAAUUCAGUAAAGGAGGAUAAGGUACGUUCCCGUGGGGUUUUAUUUAGCCCAUGCCAUCAUCAAAGGAACAGACUCUCUCCUCCAUGUACACCAAUCCUAAGGCGCUCACCACGCAAUUCUUCUGGCACGUCAAACAAAAGUAUUUUAUCUCAGAAAUCUAAGAAAUCAGUAUUCAGUUCAACUAGCCUCUCAGCCACCAAAACGAAUGUCAGAUUCUCCGAGUCUACAAAGGACAAUGAGCACAAACGCUCCCUUACCAAGACUCCUUCUAGAAAACCUCCAUUCCUCAGUGGUUGCACCCCAGACACUCAGAAGAGCAAUGAAGAUGUAAUAAUUAGGAAGAACAUCACAGGAAGUGCAACCAAGUGUCAACUAAAAGCAGCUCAAAGAAACUCUUGUGUUGCCCCUUUCAAGUCUGUAUCCAACAUUGCAGAACCCACAAGCACUAAAAAGCCAGUAUUUGAUCUGCAAGCAAGUCUGUCAAGGCCUCUUAAUUAUCAGCCCCACAGAGGAAAACUGAAACCCUGGGGUAAUUCAAAGGAAAACCAGAGUAUUUGUCCCCAUAAAAGAGCUGUUAAACAGCCAAUUCUUCAGACCAGAGACGAGAGACGUCAGAAACUUGUACAGGAGAGAAAACAGAAAAAAGACCAAAUGCUUGGAACUCGGAGAGGAUUGAGUGCUGUUUGAAGUUAAUCCCAAAGCUGCUGUAAAUAUUUUUUCAUACAGAUAAUUUCCUUGUAAAUAUUUUUAUGUGUUUUCUUUCCAGUGAUGUGCUUCAGUCAUCCUGUACAUAUUUAGUAAGAAUACAGGUUGUAAGUGAACUGUUCCCCCCCCCCCUUUUUUUUUUUGUUGCAAAGUUUGUUUACUACAUAUUAGUUUGGCUGCAGCCUAAAAGAUUAUUUUAAAUGCCUGGGUAAAAAUCUUACAUAUAUUAGACAACAGACAAAACAGCAA